AUGUUGAGAAUUCAGAAGAGGUACAGUCUGCGGUUCAGAAAGACCAAAACGUCCAACAAACUGAUUUCCGGGUUCGAUAUGUCGUUCAGUUCGUACCCGGGCAUAAUUCAAUCCGAAGACGAUUUCUACCUGAUAUCCUCUGGUUUAACCACCAUGGAGACCACUAUCCAAAAUUAUAACGAUUCCCUGUGGUCUAACGUGAAACCGGUCGGUCAGGUAUUGGAAUUUGUGCGAGCGAUGGUCGCGAACCGCCUGGCCGAAAACCCUACCGACUGGGUUAACUUAUUCAAGCUCUACAACAGCGGCACGUACAACAAUCAGUGGAUGAUCCUAAACUAUGCAGCCUUUCAGCCGGGGAGCCCGUUGCCGCCCAGAGACGUACUUCACGUCCUCGAACAGAUACCAGGUUUCGUGAUGCACGACGACUUCACCGGUCACUUGAUCAACCGGACGUACUGGGCCAGCUACAACGUGCCAUAUUUUCCGUUUAUAUUCAACGUAAGCGGAAACUACGACAUGGCACAGCGUCACGGCUCGUGGUUCUCGUACUCCGAAACACCUGGGGCUCGCAUAUUUGCCAGAGAUCACGUAAAGGUUCACUGUUCCAAUUGUAUGCUGCAUCUGAUGCGGUCCAAUAACUACACACGUGAUCCGGAAGCCCGGUGCGACUGUACUCCACCAUAUUCUGCGGAAAAUGCGAUAUCUGCCAGGAGCGAUUUGAAUCCCGUGAAUGGUACGUACCCCAUGAAAAUGUUGGGUCAUCGGUCGCACGGGGCCACCGAUGUUAAAGUCACUUCAAACCAGCUAUUCAAACAGUUGCAAUUCAAAGCGGUCGCUGGCCCGACCCAAGGUAGUGACAACAGUUUAGGACCAUUUUGCUGGAGCAAAUCAGAUUUCAACGAUAAAGUCAGUCAUCUUGGUCAUCCCGACUGCUUUAAUUUUAAACCAGUUUUACAUCAAUGGUCUUUAUAA